AUGUCUGCUAAUGGUACCAAUGGAACACACUCGUCGGCCCCGGCCUUCGACACCUCCUCGACGAUUCCUCUCUGGCUAGACGGCGAGGAGGUCAAGCUCUCCUCAACCUUUGACGUUGUCUCUCCCCUCGACCAGAAGACCCUCUACAAAUGCUCCUCUGCCGACGAAGAGGACGUACAGAAAGCCAUCGCUGCUGCUGAAAAGGCCUUCAAGUCGUGGUCCAAGACCAAGCCCAACUACAGACGAGACAUCUUCCUCCGAGCUGCGGAAGAGUUCAAGAAAAGAAGAGAUGAGCUGCAGCACUACAGCUACAGUGAGACUGGCGCGGCGGCGUCCAUGUUCGCAUUCGAACAUAACCUGGCUUACGAGGCAUGCAAGAGCGUUGCGGGCUUGAUCCAGGUGGCCACUACCUCUAGCGCGCCUGUUGUGGGCGAGGAGGGAGCGAAUGCGUUGCUGAUCAAGGAGCCUCAUGGGGUUGUCCUGGGGAUCGCGCCAUGGAACGCCCCAUACGUUCUUGGUCUACGCGCAUGCCUACAGCCUCUGGCAAUGGGCAACACAGUCAUUUUGAAAGGACCCGAAGCCGCCCCAGCUACAUACUGGGCCAUUUCCUCGAUCCUGCACAACGCAGGCCUGCCGGCGGGGUGUCUGAACACGAUCUACCACCGCCCUGCUGAUGCCGCAAAGGUCACCUCGGCACUCAUCUCCUCCCCAUCCAUCAAGAAAGUCAAUUUUACGGGCAGUACCGCCGUAGGCGCCAUCAUCGCCUCCCAAGCCGGCAAGUUCCUGAAGCCCGUGGUGAUGGAACUUGGCGGCAAGGCUCCGAGCAUUGUGUGCGAAGAUGCGAACGUCCAAACCGCGGCUCUCCAAUGCGCACUGGGAGCGUUCCUCCAUGCGGGCCAAAUCUGCAUGGCCACGGAGCGUAUCCUCGUGAACCGCAAGAUUGCGGACGAAUUCCGCGAGGCGCUCAAGAAGACCGUGGAACAGGUCUUCGCCGACACGCCACAACUCGUCACCUCUGCACCGGUCGUCAAGAACAAGAAGUUACUGGAAGACGCAAUUUCAAAAGGUGCGAAUGUAGUGUUUGGUGACCCGAAACACAACGACGAAAGCCCGACGAAGAUGAAGCCGGUCAUCAUCGAGAACGUGAACGAGAAGAUGGACAUCUACCACACCGAAUCAUUUGGGCCGACCGUCUCGAUAUAUGUUGUCGAGAACGACGAGGAGGCAAUUCGGAUCGCUAAUGAUACCGAGUACGGCCUGGCAAGCGCUGUUUUCACGGAAGACCUGAGGCGAGGCUUGUCUCUGGCCCGGCAGAUUGAAAGCGGUGCGGUGCAUAUCAACGGCAUGAGUGUGCAUGAUGAGCCGGCAUUGCCGCACGGUGGUGUCAAGAAGAGUGGCUUCGGGCGCUUCAACGGCUUGCCGGGUUUGGAAGAGUGGGUGAGGACGAAGGUUGUCACAUGGAAGGACUGA